UAUAUAACCAGGGCUACGGCUUGGACAGAAAACCCGAUUCGAAAACCAGAGUUGGCUCCAUGAACAGCUGAUCUGCGAAGCAGAGGCAAUUUCGAAUUGAUACAGAGACAAAUUCAGAAAGCGUAGUAUUUCACAUGCGAGGCUCCACUGUCUUCUUGUACCCAAGAACUGGUUUUGGUCUUAUUGGUGGUUUUAUGAAGCAUUAUUCGAAGUUUUGUGUUUAAUAUGGAAAGCAUCUUUUAGUUUUUGAAAGGUAUUGUGGUUGUUAGAUAGGGACAUCAUGAAUAACAUUAAUCCAGUGAAAAGCUUAGCAGCACCAUCUGCAUUUUCCAAUUCUGGUGCAUUAACACAGUCUAUGCCCAUGAACAACCAAUCAACCCACCUUCAUUCACAGACACAACCUCAAAAACAAGUUGCGUCCACCUUUCCUGGCCACUUUCAGCUGUCCGAACCGCAAGCUCAAGUGUUAGGUCAUUCACAAUAUGCACAGGCGUCUCAUUCUCAUUUCCAAGCUCAGAUACAAUCAACCAACCAAUCCAUUGCCAAGCUGCAAAACCCUAAUCCUAGUAGUGCUGGUGUAUCAUCACCCUCUGUAUCCACACCUGGCAGUGCAAAUGCCAAAAGGGCUAACCAGAAACCACCUUCUAGGCCUCCUGGUGGCUCAUCAACUAGUAUUACAGCUUCUCCAUUUAAAACCAUGGAGUUGACCCCAGCUGCACGCAGGAAGAAGCAGAAGCUUCCUGAGAAGCAGAUGCCUGAUAAAGUGGCUGCAAUUUUACCCGAAUCUGCACUCUAUACUCAGUUGCUUGAAUUUGAGGCCAGGGUAGAUGCUGCUAUGACAAGAAAGAAGAUGGAUAUCCAAGAAUCACUUAAAAAUCCUCCCCGUAUUCGUAAAACUCUUCGAUUAUAUAUUUUUAACACUUUUGAAAACCAAGUGCAAGGAGAGAACAAUAAUGCAGAGCCUGCCUCUUGGUCUCUGAAGAUUGUUGGGAGGAUAUUGGAAGAUGGGAAGGAUCCAGUACUGGCUGGAAUGCUGCAGAAACCAUAUCCGAAAUUCUCUUCUUACUUCAAAAAAAUUACAAUAUACUUGGACCAGAGCCUUUAUCCAGAUAACCAUGUAAUUCUUUGGGAAAGUGCUCGAUCACCUGUACUUAAUGAGGGCUUUGAAGUGAAGAGAAAAGGAAACAAGGAAUUCACUGCAAUGAUUAGACUAGAAAUGAACAAUGUGCCAGAUAAAUUCAAGCUUUCACCUGCUUUAUCAGAAGUUCUUGGCAUUGAAGUAGAAACCCGUUCAAGAGUUUUGGUGGCAAUUUGGCAUUAUGUGAAGACUAGGAAGUUGCAGGUGCCAAAUGAUCCAUCCUUCUUCAUGUGUGAUCCCCCCCUUAAGAAAUUAUUUGGGGAAGAGAAGAUGAAAUUUGCAGUGGUUUCUCAGAAGAUAAGUCAGCAUUUAACUCCUCCACAACCUAUUCAUUUGGAACAUAGGGUCAAACUAUCUGGGAAUUGCCCAGCUGGAACUACUUGUUAUGAUAUUGUAGUUGAUGUUCCUUUUCCAUUACAAAAGGACCUUGCUGCAUUUUUGGCAAGCACUGAGAAGCACAAAGAAAUUGAUGCUUGUGACCAAUUAAUAUGUGAUUCUAUAAAGAAGAUACAUGAGCAUCGGAGGAGGCGGGCGUUCUUUCUUGGCUUCAGUCAGUCUCCAGCAGAAUUUAUUAAUUCUUUAAUUGCUUCACAGAGCAAUGAUCUAAAGCUUGUUGCUGGAGAUGCUAGCCGUACUGCAGAAAAGGAGCACCAGUCUUAUUUUUAUAAUCAGCCAUGGGUUGAAGAUGCUGUUAUUCGUUACCUGAAUCGCAAGUCUGCUGGAAGUGAUGCUCCUGGAAGCAAUUGAAUGAGGAUUUCGUCAAAUUGUCAACAGAUGGCAUGGAUUUCAAUCCUUAUAAUGCCAUUCUAGUCUUGUGUCCUUGUGUUGAUUUUUUUUGACCUGUGUAGUUAAGCAAAGGAGUUUUAGAUCCUUCUUCUCUGUGUAGGUGGGGCAACAACGUUUCAUGAGAAAAAGGCGAGCAUGAGUUAUUGUUCGGUGUUUAUAGAUGCUGAAAUCUUGUAAUGGUAGACUUGUUAUUUAGGAUUCAUCUGUAGCAUCUUGAUUGGAUUGAAUAGAUAUGGAGAUCCGGUUGCCAAUUCA